UUGACUUGGUCAAUCCACAGUUUUACAUCCAUGAACCACAAGUUGUGUGGUUGUGAUGUAGAUGUUAAAUAGAAAAUUGUCCAAAUUCAUGUAAAUUAUCUCAGGCAGAGACAUUAAAUCUGCGAGGCUCUUAUCUUUUAGAGAAAUGGCUUAUGCUGCUCUUUCUUCACUUAUGUAUACAUUGGAACAACUCUUCAAACCUAAUCAAUAUUUCGUUUGUCCAAGCUAUACACAACAACAUGUUCAAUCUCUCUAUCAAAAUCUUUCUGCUCUGCAACUUUUCCUUGACAAUACUACCACAAAGGAUAUUGAAACUCUUAAGGUUGUAGAAAAGAGGAUCAGAAAUGUAGUAUACGAAGCAGAAGAGAAAGUUGACUCAAGCCUAAGAUAUAUCAUCACUCUGCUAGCAGAUCUCACAGAGAUGAGAGAAGAGACUUGUAAAUUCUUUGAGGAAGAAUUGGUAAAAGUGGAAAAAGAUGUUGAUUCUCUCAGGAAAGAGGUGGUGCAGAUCGAGUCUAAUGAGCAUGGAAGCAAAUCUGCAGAAUUAGCAACAACUUCCUCCUCACCAGAAAAAAGGACAAUUGAGGAAAAUACUAUUGUUGGGAUGGAGGAUGACUUCAACAUCAUACUUGAUCGCCUCACUGCCCAAAUAGACGAGUUAACUGUUAUACCAAUUUUUGGUAUGGGCGGUAUCGGUAAGACAACUCUUGCCAGAAAAGCUUAUAAUGAUUCAUAUAUUCAUUCUCGAUUUGAUAAACAUGCAUGGGUCACCAUCUCCGAAAAAUUCAAUCAGAGACAAAUGCUUCUUGAAGUUGCCUCUGCAAUUACCGGAAGCAAUCAAGAAAGGAGCGAUGAUCAACUAAUGGAGAUUGUGUAUAGAGGUCUGAAGGGCAGGAGAUUUCUAAUUGUCAUAGAUGAUAUUUGGAGUACUGAGGCAUGGGACCAAAUGCAAAGAAUAUUUCCAAAUGAUGACAAUAAAAGCCGAAUUCUAUUAACUACUCGGCUCAAGUAUGUUGCUGAUUAUGUCAACUGCCCUGAUUUUCCGCCUCAUAGUAAGUCUUUUCUAAGUCUAGAAGAUAGUUGGAAUCUAUUCACUGAGAAAAUAUUCAAAAAAGAUCCAUGUCCUCCUCUGCUAGAAGAAACAGGGAAGCAUAUUGUACAACAAUGUCAAGGGUUACCUCUCUCGGUUGUUGUCGUUGCUGGACUUCUUGGAAAAAUGGACCCAACACAUGAUAAUUGGAAGAAGGUUGAGGAAAAUCUGAACUCAUUCUUUGGUACGGUGUCCGAACGGUGCCAAUCAAUUCUUUCUCUGAGCUACAAUUACUUGCCCCAAUAUUUAAAGGCUUGUUUUCUCUAUGUUGGAGGUUUUCCAGAAGACAGAGAGAUUAAUGUUUCCAAGUUGAUUAGGCUAUGGAUUGCUGAGCAAUUUGUAAAGGCAAGAAACAAUAAAAGGUUAGAAGUAGUGGCAGAGGAGUAUCUAGAAGAGUUAAUUGAUAGAAGUCUAAUUUUGACUGGUAAACAAAGGGCUAAUGGAAGGAUAGAAACUUGCAAAAUUCACGAUCUUUUUCGCCAACUAUGCCUAAGUGAAGUUCAUACUGAAAAUAUUGUGUAUUACAUGAAUGGGAAUGUUCUCGUGUCCUUAUUAGAAGUCAUACAUGAUCAGCGGCGAGUGAUUGAUCUGCGUAAACAUGAAGAGAAGCAAGUUUAUAUCAAUGAUAUAACAAGUCUAACUCGUACCUUUAUUUCAAUGCAAUCUCUUGAUUUAGAUUCUCCAGAUGUGAUUUGCUCUAUUGUUUCACAAUUCAAGUUGCUCAAGGUGUUGGACGUGUUAUCAGUUUGGUACGAUUUCUCUGGUGUAAUACCUGAGCUUGUACAUUUGAGAUAUGUUGCUGCAAGAAUUGAGGGAGGUCUUUCACUAGCCAAAUCGAGAAAUCUACAGACCAUAAUUCUUGUAGGUUUUGAACAGACAGAGUUGGUCCACCCUUUAGAUAUCUGGAGAAUGACAGAGAUAAGACAUUUGGAUAUUGAAUGGCCACUAUACAUAUCAAAUCCUCUUGAGGCAGAAAAUAAUAGUGUUGGAGAACAACCUUUGUUUCUCAAUAACUUGCACACACUUACUCUCCAGUUCUCUCCUUUUUCUGCGGAAAUCAUAAGAAGAACUCCCAAUCUAAAAAAGCUAAAGAUGUGCGAAAUUUCUGACUAUCCUUCUAUUCCUGAUUCUCUAAUUCUUCUAGAGGAGCUGGAGACACUAAAGAUAGAGGUGAACUCCAUUGACCCGUCGAUUUUCUCUGGGGAUGUUUUCCCUCCUAAUCUCAAGAAGUUGACAUUAUCAAAUACUAAAAUACCAUGGGAAGUUAUGAAUUUGCUGUCUAAUUUACCCAAUCUUGAGGUGCUAAAGGGGUAUUAUGCAUUUUCUGGAACAGAUUGGACACUUAAUGAGGAUGUUGUGUUUCGCAAAUUAAAACAUCUACUAAUUAGGUCCAAAGAUCUGCAAAGGUGGGAAGCAGCUGGUAGUGAUAAUUUUCCUAUGCUUGAGAAACUAAUACUGAAUUGGUUGUUUGAACUGGAGGAGAUUCCCGAGAGUAUUGGAGAUAUAAUGACACUAAAAUUGAUCCAAAUAGUUGAUUGCAGCUCUGCUGUAGAGAAUAGUGCAAAGAGAAUUCGGAAAGAGCAACAAAGCUUUGGAAAUUAUGAGCUUCAAGUUCAAAUUACUCCUAUGCUGGGAUUAUAAACCUUUACAGAAUAGGGAGACAGUGAAGGUACCACUUGUUGGGCGCGUGACUGAGGUAUUUUGUAGAGCUUCGAUGCUUUUAACACAUGCUCUAAUGGGGUUUGGAAAAGAUCCCUCCAUGCAAAGUGCAGUGCACUGGCUUUAAGUUUUUCAAUUAGUUUUUACUUAGCUGCAGCUUUAAUUUAUCUUUAUUGAGUUGUUCUAGGGUUAUUAUUGAGUUGUAAUAAUUUCUAAAUUAAAGAGUGUAAUUGUGUGGGUGAGGUUUGUAACAAGAAGCGAGUUUGACUUGUUGGAGAGUAGUUAGAACAGUUUGAGUGAACUGUGAAGUUGAGAUACUAGAGUUAGUCUCUUAUGUCAAGGAUAUUAUUAUUGUAAAUAUAUUUUAAAGAGUCAUGUACACGUUGAGGCCCUUGCUAUUCACACAAACCUUUGUCAUUCUUGGCUAUUAUUUUUUGUCAUCUCUCUGUACCCUAAACUUCAACUCCUAAGAUUGCGGAGUUGUAAUCUGAAACGUUGCUCUUGAGAAGUUAGUGGAGAUCGGUGGUUGCAAUCCUACACAAUUGAGUCGUUAGCAUAAACAUGAUCGUUCAGAUUUGAAAUAACUGAAUCGAAUUGUCAUAUGCAAUAUUUAUCAGUUACACACUUGGGUAAAUUCCCAUUUUCAUCAGAGAUUGUCAUUCCAAACUUGUCGAAUAUGAAUCGGACUAUUUUUGGGCAUUUCUUCACCAAAUCCGACAAUACUCUC